CUCAAAGACAUAAGCGCGUGUGAGAGAAUCGCUGGGUGACACAGACAACAUGUAAAAGCAGCAUGAAGGACGUGCGCUCGGCUCUGGGAGGCUCUCAGCAAGUGCGCCAGGACUGAGGCUGCAGCCCACGGGGGAGAGCAGGCUGCUGCUGCCGCUGCUUCUUCACCACCAUGGCCCCCGCAUCCGACGACACGGCUGUGUUGAUCUUGAAUCACACCUAAUAGAGACUACUGAAGUUACUUUAAGAUGACACGGACACAUCCCCCUGAUAUACUGGCAUCGACUUUGUAUCGGGACAUUAGUCUAAAUCCCAUCACCGACCACUCUAUUUCUCUUCACUCUUCCCAGCAAUGUGACUUGAAAAUGAUAGACAAACCAGAAAUCAUUAACAAAAGACACUGCCGUAGCUUUGACUUCAUUGAGUCACUGGAUGAUCCACAGUCUUUCUCUUCCUCAAUGGAGUACCCUUACAAGAGGGCUGAGCAUCAGACAUUAAACAAAGAUCUCAUGUGGAAUGGACUUGAUCAACAGGGACAUCUUCGCUUUUCAUCUCCCGAUCUGUUUAAUAACAGGCAGUUCCAGCAGCACUCCAGCCACGAGAAAAACAGCCAUCUUACAUGGUCAGACUCUAAAAAGAGAACAAGAUCUAAAAGUGCACCAAGGGUUAAGGCAACCCUCACUCCUGUGCCCAUUUCAGUGUCUCCUCCAGGAGCCAGGAAGGGCAGGGAUGCACCUCAGGCUGCAUCAGAUACCUUGAGGACUUCUGAAACACCAAGAGAAGCCUACACCUCAAACAGGGCUUUUUUGAAUGAGGUGCAUCCUAUCAAACUUCAGCCCCACUCUCCCCUCUAUGUGUCAGACUGUUUUGAGGAGGACAAACCAGAUAAACCAGCCGUAACCCCUCAUGUAAGGUGCCGUGUGGACAUUAAACCAGAUGCUUCUGUACUGCAGCACACAUCUAGGCAGGUUCCUAAUGUACGGACUGAGCAUCUUUGGCAGAGAUACUCCCAGGCUAGUAGCAGCCGAGGUUUGUAUGUACCACAGCAGAUUGUCUCCUCGCCAACACCAACACCAAGCGAAUGCUAUAGUGGAGAUUUUAGACAAGGAUACCACUACACCACCAGCAUGUCUCCCAUCUCCUACCAGCAUCUAGACAUGCACAGAAUGCCAUCACCAACAGCACCAUAUCUGAGUCAAGAGCAAAGAGCUUACUCAAAUCCGAACAUACCCACCAAGUUUUUCUACACAGAGGACCCUGUUCGGUAUCCAGGCCAUCCCUAUUCUAGAGCACACUUUCAGGAUGAUCACUCCAGUUUAACCAGCUAUGGUAGUACAAUGACAUGUCAGUAUGAUCCAAGGACUAGAUGGGUGCAUACUCUUCCAGUCAGGUCAUAUUACACAGACCACCUGUCCAACAGAGGGCCAGCACACUCUGCAUAUAGUAGGCCAUACUCCACGAGUGAGGCAGGGUCCUACUUUUCUCAAACUCCAUUGUCAAGAUCUUACUAUGGAGAGGACAGCCGGUUCAAUCCAUACCAUAUGAGUAACUCAAGGUUGUUUUAUCCCAAACAGUUCAGCUCUCCUGAGGAGCAGUACUUUCCCCCAAGGCCAUAUCAUACGGAGGGUCGUCAACGCCCACGAAUGUCCCAGGCUUUUUCAGACGACUGGUAUCGCUCAAGUAUAUCUGGUUAUUCUAACCGGUCUUCUCUGCACACACCACCAAGUGUAAGACAAGACCCUAGUAUACCCCCGUGGUUGACUAGCAGCUGUGUAGACACAAGUAGACUAGGAGCAGAGGUCAAAAACCAUUCCAAGUCUUGGGACAAUAUUCUUUAUCCACGGCAUGACAGGGAGCAGUCAGUACCUCGUGGACGAAGCUAUGAGAACCUCUUUUACCAAGCAAAGCAUGGAGCACCCGCUGAUGUUACAUCUCAACCUGUUAUACUUAACCUCUCCAGUUCGCCAAGGCGUUAUGCUGCACUGUCACUAUCAGAAAACUCGUUAGAGAAGGGGUCAAGCAGUCCGUGGAGGAAUAUCAAGAGUGGGAACUGGUUUGUAACACCUGAGAUUACCAUAACAGACAAUGACAUCUGUGCAGCCAAUAGCAAGCGACGUGAUGUGCACUCUGUCCGUUGGGAUAUGCCGGAUGUUGAAAAGACACCAUCUUCGAGAAUACUGCAUCAGAAGCAGCCAUCCACCACAGCAGACACAACCAAAGACAGGAAACACAACAACUUCUCGCUCCAGCAGAGUCUAGAACAACUGGACGAACUCUUGGCAGAUUUGGUUGUUGAUUACAAACCACCAACUUGCAGAAAAUCAAGUGAAGACCUUUUGGACCAGCUAAAACAACUCAUUACUGAAGAUGAUGACAAAGACAGAGAAUCUUCUGGACUUGAAAACUUGGGCUGUCUGAACACACAGCUGUCCUCUAAAUCCAGCCCUGACACAAUCAAAGACCCCGAUAGUGGGUGUGAUGCUUUACAAAGGAGUGCAGAAGAAUGUUCUCCAGACCACAGCACAGAUGAAGACGACACUAUGGUGUGUGCUAACAAGAAAUGCAACCGUAUUGAGAGUAUGUUCAAUGCUUGCUUGUACUACAAAUCAUGUCACAGUUGCUACACCUUUUAUUGCUCACGAAACUGCCGCAGGGACAACUGGGAGACCCACAAAGAAACCUGCCUUUAUGGCCGUGUAAGCAGUGUGUGUCGACACACUCUUAAGUUCUGCAGAGAGAGCUCAGAGAUCCACAAGGCCUUCUCUCGCGUUGCUAAAGCUGGCUACCUCUCCAGAGGGAGAGGUGUUCUCUUUUUGGGUUUUGCUAAUCCAGAGACAGCUGACAACUUCCUGCAAGUUGGGCUGGAGAGCCUCCUCAUGUCUCCCACAUAUUUAUCUCUCAGAGAGUUGGAUGGAUUCAAGGACAACCUAGGUGAAUACUGCAAGGAACUGCAGCUGGCAGGGAAUGAGUAUGACCCCAAUGAAUGUUUCCUCCUGAAUGUAUCGAUAGCUGUUGGUGAACUAGUGCCUAAUAGACCUUCACCAAGAGUCCAAGCACCAACAGUUCGAAAAUAUGCAAAGGUGUCCUUGGCCUCCUCAAGUCCUGACAAAAAGGUACUUAAGAAGGACAGUGAAAUGGAAACACUCAUCCUCACUCCACCUCCAGGCACACCAGAUAUUGACAAGGAGGGGGAGGAAGGUAGAAAAGCCAGAGAGGUUUGCUUUGUCAACAUCCAGCGUGAGCUCAGGACCAGGGGAGUCUUCCUUCGCCACGAGCAUCCCAAGAUCUACAAUCAGCUGUGUGAGUUUGUGGAGAGUAACAAACGGUUCACUCCUACCACGAUUUACCCAAUAGACAGGAGAACAGGGAAACAGUUUAUGUGCAUGAUCAUGGCUGCAUCUGAGCCAAGAACACUGGACUGGUUGGGUACCCCUCAUCUCUUGGAUGAUAUUAUAUAAUAUAUCACUGAAUAGUAAUGGUAAUGAUGUCAGUACAUUUUAUGUACAUACUGUAAAUACACGGUGUGAUUAAGAAAAUGGAACACUGAUACAGAAAUAUGUGUGUAUAUGUGAGCAAUCUCCCCCCCUCUCUCUCUCGCUCUCUCUUUUCUCUCUAUUGCCACACACGAACAUUCUCACAGACACACACAUAUAUACUACAGUGUACAUUCACACUUUUAAAAGUUGCCCUAGAUUGUUUUUGGCUUGUUUUGAUCCUGUUGCACUCAGAAGAGUUAAUAGCCUGCAUGUAGAUUAGGCACAAAACAGUUAUCCAGGUGUUUAAGGUGUGAAUAUGUUUGAUCUGUCCAGUUUCUGCAGACUAUGUAUGAAGCACAUAAUAUUUAUGAAGUACACAUCUCAUUGCCUCCACAUUAUAGUGGGCACAGCCAGGUCUCAUGUUGUAACUGUCACCCACUUUUGAUUUUGUUUGACUAAUGUCAUAGCCGAAAUGCAUAUUAUACCUUGUUGGUUGUAAUAUUACAACUUUUUUAUUAGUACUUAAAUAUUGUUUCCUAAGUAUACUGUAGUAAUGUGGGUAUUUGUUAUUAUUGCUAUAUUAGUUAUUAUUUGAUAGUUUGACAAAGACGUACAAUCAAACAGUUAUUUCCAUCUCAUUUAGAUUUUUUGUUGGACCUUACUUCAUCUUGUUGUAAGACUUGAUGUCAUCCUUGUAUAAAUUGCUUUGUUUGAAAGUGGCCUUCAGACGAAAAAAAAAAAAGCAUUUGACACAAAGCAAUGUAUAGGUUUAGCUAUUUCUAAGGCUUGACAGCUCUUGACUUAGGUUGUUUGAAUUACAUUGUAAAAGAAGAAUUAUUUUGCUCAAAGCAUGUUAUUUAUAUCAAGUAUUUUAAUAUUUAUAUUGCUAAUAGUUAAUUGUUUAAUGUUAAUGAGAUACAAUUUGAUGCUAUGAGAUGUAAGAAUAUAAUAUAUAUUGAAUAUUAGAUCAUUUGAACAUCAUUACCUUGAGACCUUAUUGUAACUAAUACCGCAGUAUGUUCUUGAACAAUAUGCAAUAAAAGAGCAACCUUAACAUCUAUAUAGUAAACCCUAUUUUAUUAUUAAUAUUGAGUAAUUCCUUGGAGCCAAGAGCUGCAAAGACUUUGUUUGCACUAAAACAUAAAUUAUGAAACCAGAAUGUUCCUAACAUAGCUGCACCACUGAACCCAGAUGAUAUGCUUGCUUCCUUUGCCAUUGUUGACUAAUCUAAGGUUGCUCUUUUACUCGGUUAUAUACAUAUAUCUUUGUGCAAGACCUUCCACAAGUUUCUAUUUUGUGAUGUUUAUAACCUAUAUAUAAAUAUAUAAUAAAUGGAAUUUAAUGAGUGACCUUGUGGCUUUGCAUUUCUCCACCAGAGUAAUCCCUAUCCAGUUUUUGAACAGGAGGUUGAACUAAUCUUCCAAUCGAUAGAUAGACUUGCACAUUGACAUCAGUUAUAAAUUGUUUUUGCUCUUUGCUGGGAUGAUUAGUUCUCUUUCUGUUUAUUGACACACAUGAAGGACUGGCAUGUUCAAUGUAGAACUGCCCCGUCCCUCAUGAAUUCAGAAAUCAUUCACUGUUUGUUGGUGUUCCAUUAUUUCAAUUCUCCUCUCUUUAUUUUGAUAUAAUGACUGUCAGUGUUAGCACAAAAGUGCAUGAAAUCGAUAAGAAAACAUUUUGUUUGCAUAGUGCAUAUAAUACCUAUUUACAAUCAUUACAUUUUACAGUAAGUACAGGUUUAAGAUUAGGAUGGGGGAUUAGGUUUAGAACACACUAUUAUUGUUCAUGUUCUUAAUAAUAUGUGGCAACUGACAUUUUAACCAGCGACUGUACGUUUGCAUUGGUAAACCUGCUCUGAUGAAGAUAUG